UAUUUUAAUCGAAGUUUUCAAUUAAUCGAUUGAGUAAGUGUUUUCGCUAACCAUUAAUACUGAGAUUUCCAAUAAAUGAAGUUUUAACUGAAAACAAAGGGGGAUCCAGGGGGGUCCAUAAAGCUUCCCUAAUUCCCUACACUCGCAAAUAUUACGCACUUUUAAGCCAAUUUUGCAAAUAUAUACAAUGAUUAGCAUUUGAAACAAUCACUUUUACUGCAAAAAAAAAAAUGACAAAUUACUGAACCCGUCCCUGGAUUAGAUGGUAUCACCCACAAUACAGUUCGAUCACUUCUYUCUCAAUUCUAUUUUAAAUACAGAAUCAAUUCUUAUAUAGUCCAUCGUGCGUGAACACACCCAGAUUUAUAGAAUCUUGUUUGUGUGCUGUGGAAAAGGGUCCAAGACGCUUCUCAAUUCAGAGCAACAAGUCUCACUUGACUAUUGUACCGACCGACACCAAWAUCGUACAGUGCAAAGUAUGACAACAAUGUAAGUGAUUCUUUMAAAGCGGUCUUGCCAUCUCAUCGUUGGAGAACUGAURAACAAAGCCAAUUGCCUUGGAUAAUAAAAAUGUAGAAUUCUGCGUAAAGGACCAAGUCAAGAUAGUGAGUCAUGGAUGAAGAAAAUGCUUGGAAACCGAUCAUACAAGUUUUAGAUUAAAGCUUUAAAAAUGUGGCAAAGAAAAAGCAAGGAUGAUUCUGAGAAUCUUUUAAGAAAGCUGUAUUUUGAAGACGCUUGGAUAACAGAUUAAUGGCUACAAGCACUGGAUCAUCAUUAAGAGAAAAGACCAAUUACACCCGACUAUGCAGACUUGUAAUCGACAUUGGAUCAAGAGUGUUGAGAGGAGUCCUUGAUGCUCAUCUACAUCCACCUGGMGAUCUACAGAAACACCUCAACUCACCAGCUGUAAACACUAAACUAAAAAAUCUCAGAUCUAAGAAAGUUCUGAACACACAACAAUGGRRCAAGYUAUACCCACCARCACCAGGWGUACCAUCGUCGACGACCUUCGACAUAACAUUGCUCUUCCUUCUCUUAAGAAAUACCUGUGGUCUGACUSCACCUACUACAGGCUGGGAUGCUGCCCCAUCUCCAGCUGAUGUUAGCAAAGAGGCKUAUCUGAUUCGAGUAAAACGAUGCCGAAAUGAAAUCAUUGGUCAUAAAAGUGCCGCAGAACUCUCUGAUGCUGAUUUUGAAACCCACUGGGCUGAAAUUGAGGCAGCAAUGAUAAGMCUUGGAGGAUYGCAGUAUGAACCAGAAAUCCAGCGUCUGAAAAUCGAGUCAAUUGACCCAGAAAAUGAAGCCGAUUUGAAAGUUCUUAUUCAGUCAUGGGAAGAAGGCGAGGAUAAAAUAUUGGAUGCCAUACUAAAAAUGCAACGUUCUACAUUAUUCGAAGACUACCAACCGAAGCCCUUCUGUACUUUGCCUCAGAAGCCAUCCCACGACGUUGUCCACCGUCUUGAAGAAGUAUCCAUGACACUUGACGAGAUACGUCGACUCAGAACUGCGUUCCCGAAUCAUGUCACAGUAACAUAUUURUCAGGAAAUCCUGGCUGUGGAAAGAGCGAGCUUGCAAGACAGAUUGGAGAAAAAUACUUCGAUGAAUUUGAAAAAGAMGAGUCGUCCAAAUUCGUGGCUACAUUAAAUGCAUCGAGUCUCGAGAGUCUGAUUCAGUCGUACAUGGAACUGGCAUUCCAGCUUCGAUGCAGCGAAGUAUCCCUGAUCAUGUCAUCAGAAAAGAAUUCUCAAGAACAGAAACUUGCUCAGUUGCAAGCGCUUGUAGUUCCAAAGUUUCAGAAAUAUUCCUCAUGGCUGAUUAUUGUUGACAACGUUGAAGAUAUUAAAAUGGUUUGCAAAUUUAUACCGCACUCAGGUCAAAAGCUGCUGCAUCAUGGAMAARGACAUAUCCUGAUCACUACUCAAGACAUMGAGUCUAUACCAACAAGCGAUUCGCAUGCACAYCAMAUYCAGCUUAAAAAUGGUAUGAARUUACAUGACGCAGCUCAGACCCUGUAURMAAUAUCUGRRUUGCCAUGCGACGAAGAAAUCGCAAAKAAAUURUGCRAAMAACUAGACUUUCAACCUCUAGCGCUUGCCUGUGCAGCAGUGUACAUCAGACAAACACRCURCGCUGAUCCAARCAUGAACUGGGAAAGUUAUCUUGAAAAMGUGGAGAAAGGAAAUCUGAUGUCGGCUGAUGAGCUUUACGAGAAAACAAAUCACCCUUACCAGAGAUCUAUGAAGACUGCUAUUAAGAUGGCAGUUGAAAAGAUUUUAGAAAAAAGUGAGGUUGUACGGCAUACAUUUGAAUUUAUGGCGGCUGUUGCCCCAGAGUUCAUAUCACUAGAACACGUUAUCAGCUAUGUACGUCAGUGCAUGCCUAAUAUGGAAAAAGAGAAUGUAGCUAUAGCCAUUACCUCAUCCGCCCUCAUCAUUACUUCCGAAGGCUCUAAACGACAGUCUGUUCGCGUUCACCAAGUUGUCUAUCAUGUUCUUCAAACCGUCUAUAAAGUAACAUUCCUGCAACCAGUCGAUGAAUAUUCAUUUUUCAUGAAACUCGUCAACGUAUUUUCUUACAUCAGGGACAUUGGCGCAGAUAUAAUGAAGUUCUUUCAAGAAACAGCUCCUCUAAUUCAGCACUUUGUCUUUUUGUCGGAAAAGGUGAAAGAUUAUUUUGAAAGGMAUCAAAUUUUAAARGURCUAAAUGAAGCAAAGCUUUAUGGAGUACAUUAUCAGUGUAAUAAACUAUUUACCCAUCAAUACAUUCCAUUUGCCAAGUUCCUUGUGGAAACUGUUUCUUGUGUAUGUAGAGAGCACGGGAAAUAUAGCACAGCAAGAACAUUAUGUGAAAUAAGCUACUGCAUCAUUAAAAACGGCCACAAAAGCGAGGAAAGUUCAGGCAGUUCAGUUCGUGUGGCUAUAACGUUAAAUAAUUUAGGAUUAGUGUUGGACGAACUUGAAAAACUUGAUGAAGCGAAAGAUUGUUACGAUAAAGCACUGGCAAUUUACGAAAGCACUUUCGGCAGCAAUCAUCCUCAGGUGGCUACAACGUUAAAUAAUUUAGGAUUAGUGUUGGACAAACUCGAAAAACUUGAUGAAGCAAAACAUUGUUACGAUAAAGCACUGGCAAUUGACGAAAGCACUUACGGCAGCAAUCAUCCUCAGGUGGCUACAACGUUGAAUAAUUUAGGAUCAGUGUUGUACAAACUUGGAAAACUUGAUGAAGCGAAAGAUUGUUACGAUAAAGCACUGGCAAUUGACGAAAGCACUUACGGCAGCAAUCAUCCUGAGGUGGCUACAACGAUAAAUAAUUUAGGAUUAGUGUUGCACAAGCUCGAAAACCUUGAUAAAGCAAAAGAAUGUUACGAUAAAGCACUGGCAAUUAAUGAAAGAACUUACGGUAGCAAUCAUCCUGAGGUGGCUAAAACAUUAAAUAAUUUAGGAUUAGUGUUGCACAAGCUCGAAAACCUUGAUGAAGCAAAAGAAUGUUACGAUAAUGCACUGGCAAUUAAUGAAAGAACUUACGGCAGCAAUCAUCCUAACGUGGCUAAAACGUUAAAUAAUUUAGGAUUAGUGUUCUACAAACUCGGAAAACUUGAUGAAGCGAAAGAAUGUUACGAUAAAGCACUGGCAAUUAAUGAAAGCACUUACGGCAGCAAUCAUCCUGAGUUGGCUAUAGCGUUUAACAAUUUAGGAUUAGUGUUGCACAAGCUCGAAAACCUUGAUGAAGCAAAAGAAUGUUACGAUAAAGCACUGGUAAUUAAUGAAAGAACUUACGGCAGCAAUCAUCCUAACGUGGCUAAAACGUUAAAUAAUUUAGGAUUAGUGUUCUACAAACUCGGAAAACUUGAUGAAGCGAAAGAUUGUUACGAUAAAGCACUGGUGGCUACAACGUUAAAUAAUUUAGGAUUUGUGUUGAACGAACUCGGAAAACUUGAUGAAGCGAAAGAUUGUUACGAUAAAGCACUGGCAAUUUACGAAAGCACUUACGGCAGCAAUCAUCCUGAGGUGGCUACAACGUUAAAUAAUUUAGGAUUUGUGUUGAACGAACUCGGAAAACUUGAUGAAGCGAAAGAUUGUUACGAUAAAGCACUGGCAAUCCAAGCGGACGAAGCAGUCAUUGGCAUUUAG